CUGCUCUCCUCGUUGAUUGGUUGGCGUCUAUUUAAAUUGCACAACAAAGUCAUGGAUUCUCCCGAAAACAGGGACUCAAAUGGAACAACUGCCGACAGCUGCGGUAACUUUCCCGCACAAAUUGUUGACUCAAUUCUAAAUGGUGACAUCUCUGAUACCGCGGAGGAUAUAACAACGGAAACGAUUUCUAAGGGAAGGUUGAAACAUGAGAUGCGAAUGUUGCAAACGCGUUUCAUGAACAGUGCAACAGCUCUUGAGAAUAGCAAAAAUCUGUCCAAAGCACGGGAGGAAGAGCUUUUGGAUCAGAUUAAUACACUGACAAUUAGAUUAAAUUUAGCCACAGCUCGUUAUGAUGCACUGGUUGAGACCACAACAGAAUCCGCCGAAUUAAAAGCGGAUUUGGUCCAAGCUAUAACCUGUAAACGAAGAUUGUUGAGUGAAAAUGAAGAACUUCAUAGUCAAUUGAAUUUAAUCCGUGAAAUUCUUAUCACUAAAUUACCGAAGAAAGUUGAUGCUACUAUUAAUAUGGAUAUCAGUAAUUACUCAACAUUAACUUCAACUGAAUUCGAUGUAUUGAAUAAAAGAUCUGUAAAUAAUUUGUCAACUUUAGAGUUAGUCAAGUUUUGGGUACAUACAGUAUUCACUAUUAUUUCACAGAAUAUUAAUCACCAUGGUAUUAUUACUGACAGAAAAUUUAAUUCAGAAGAAAAUCGUAAACACGUUCAAUUUGUUGAUUUAUCGUCUGGAUCACUAUCAAAUUCAGUAUCAGUAGAUGCUCAGCGAACACAAGUUAAGUGUUCUACGGAACAUAAUUUGAAGAAUGUGAAUAAUAAUUGCCUCGAAAAUGAUGGAGAUAAUUAUCACAAUAAUGAUAGUGCUGUUCCGUCUUCCGUUGAAAUUAUCGCAUUGGAACAGCAAAUUCAUUUAAUGAAAUUGGAUAAAGAAUUUUAUUUAAAACAGUUGUUUAAUCUUCGUACAAAGUUGCAAACAGCUGAAGAAACAAUCACCUCACAAGAAAAGUUAAUAGCUGAUUUGGAAAGCAAUUCAAGGCAAAUAAUGAAAGAGAAAACGAAGAUAAAUCAGACACAUCUACCUGAAGAUUUAAACUCUUGUAUGAAAACAGAUGAAGUGACUAAAUUGAUUCGAACAGAGUUUGAAAAACUUAAGUCGAUUGAUCAAGAAUUACACAAUAAAGAAAUUAGUUUACUUCGAGAGCAAAAAUUAAAUGCCAUAUGUGAAUGUGCCAAAUUAAAAACACAGUUAGAACAAAAAGAAUGUACAUUGAAACAGUUAAGAGAAAAAGUUGAAGAAAUGCAAGUUUUAAAUAUGGAACAAGAUAAUCAGUUACGUGGAAAAAUGAGAUCAGUGUUGAUGAAUUUAGAAUUAGAACAAGCUGCUAGGAAAGAUGCAUCCUUAGAGAUUGAAAAGCUUAAUGUUCAGCUGGAUGUCAGUAAAAAAUCUUACUAUGAACUUGAAGCAAGAUUCAAUCAAGAAAGAGCUGUUUGGAGAAUCAAGGAGGAUAAUUAUGAAAAGAAAUUACAGUUGAACGAAACAGCUGAAAGAGAAAUAAAUGAGUUAUUGGUAAAUUUAAAAUGUGAUAUGAGUAAAUCAAAUACAUCAUCGUCAAUGGACUACAAUUUACAUCCCAAACCACGUAUUUCUGUUUUGCUGGAGAAAAUAAAAAGUCUCAUAAUGGCAAACGAUAAUCUUCAAAGUGGACUGGAAAACAAGUCUCAAGAGAUGGAGGGAUUUAAUAAAGCCAUCAAAAAAGAAAUGUUUAGUUGUGAACAGACAAGUUAUUCACACCAAACAUUUGCACAAAAAGAUAAUCAAAUUCAUUCACUACAUAAACAAUUAAUUGAAGUUGAAAAAGAAGCUCAAUUGUACAAACAAGAAAGAGACAGAUUAGAAAAUGAACGUAAUGUACUUUGUGAAGAUUUAGAGCGUAUUUUAACAAGGAGACAGAGUUUGGCCAGAUUGCGUGAAUAUGUUUUAUCUUUACUACAACAAGUACAGGCUAAUCAAAGCUUCACUGUUACAAGACAAUUGCAAAACCAGAAUUGUAUUUCAGUGGAUAAAGAUAUAAAGUGUGGUAAUUUUCCAGGGAAAUCAGAUUUUCAUAAUCAAACGUCAAGUGAUUAUCUGCGUGAUAUGAAUCGAGUUUCUAAUAUUCAUCAACAAGUUUAUGAUAUUCUACGUUCACAGUAAACUCAUAACUAACUGAUUUUUCCAAGGUGCCCAGAAGUAUUCUCCUUAUUGUGAAGAUAAAUUAUUCAAUUGUACAGGUGAUUAUUAUUAUUUAGUCAUCCUUUGGUUUUAAAAUUUGUUUGUUUUUAAUUGUGCCAAAAUGUUCAAUAAAUCUAUAAUUGCGGGAAAUUCAUAUAUCAGGUUAACAGGAUAACAGUACUGUGAUUUAAAACCUUUAUUACUUACUAUUCCUGUUUUGUUUUUUGAAAGUAACACUUCUUUUUAAUACCUGACUUUAAAAAAAUUUAAUUUAUGAAAAUGAUUUAAUUUUAUUGAUAAGUUUUAACCAAAGUCUUUUUUUGUAUACUUACUGUUUAUUAAAAUCAGGCUGUAAGAUAAUAUUAUAUUUCAUUGUAUCACCUGAUGUGUAAAUAAGUUUCACUGCAAAUCAUUAGUGACCUGUUAUUUCAGCAGGUUAAAAUACAGGAGAACAUUCUUAAAAUGCUUACAUGCUUCGAUUUAUAAACACUUUCUUUGAUAUGUUUUCACAAAUCUGCAUGCAAACUCUCCGUGGUCGACAGUUUUGUUCAUCUUACUGUUCUGGGAUUAGUUUAAUUUCUAUCAUGUUAUCGAUUUCUCUGUUUUCACUCGCGAAAUUCUCCGUCUCCCUUUCAAUAGUUGCUACCUAUAUUGUUUACAGGUUUCCAUUAUGACGGUUUUCUUGGUAACUCCAGAUUAAAACAACUCUGGAGGCAGGUUAUGGCUCACCUCAACAGAAUGUCAUUCGUACCUCAGAGCAAAGAAUUCACGUACGCAGGCACCAAUUCCAGCACAAUCAUUCAUAUUCAAAAAAUGCCUCACAUAAGCUAAUACUGCACUUGAAGCAAAAUGAAGUCAAUGUGUAUUCUGGGUGAAUUGUGCACAACACAGGUUUAUUGUUCAGCAUGGCAUUUUGUAGCAGAUGACUACUUUCAUUUUCAGCCAAGUCCAGUACUUCACGGUUAUAGAAAACCUUCAGAACCGUGUGAAUAUUAUGACACAGUCCACACAAAGUGUUCGUACAGUGCAUGCAUUAAUAUAGAGUUUUAUUGCGGUCUGUGUAUCAUCGCUAUCGCAUCGUGUAUGAGUAAUGGACACAUCGUAAGCUUCGAGUGUUUUCAUACUACCGGACACUGUGUUGUACAGUGAAUAUUUGAUAUAGCGUACAAAAUUAUCGCUUUUCUCAAAUUUCUACAAACACUCCCGCUCACAUAAGUCAAGACAACUCAAAAUAACAUGGUUUGUGGAGGCUUUCUUGCAAAAACCUAAAAGUAUUUAAAAUUCUUCGCAUCUACUAGACCAUUAGAAUUUUGUUAUGUUCAUCGCAAAAAAUAUUAUACAAAUCAACAGGUAAUUCACGUGAAAGUAUGCUGUUCUUCUCAAUUUAUCGUCCUUUACUUGGUGUAAUUCACAUGACUUCUCCAUCAUAUCUGGAAAACAAUAGGUGGCAGUAAAUUCAUCAUGAGUUCCAUGUUUAAAGAUCAUAUCGUAACUUUUAAUAUUUACUAUGCAACUUGAACCUUUCUUUGAUUAUUAAAAAAGCCUUGAAUGACAUUCAGUAACUUGCUAGUCUCGAAAAUAAAUAGACAUUGUGAAUAUUGCUUUAUGUGUUAUUGUAUUAAUUUAUUUCAACAAGAUAUCGC